UAAAAAGAAAAAAAGAAUAUAUUUAGGGUUUUUGCUGAUAAUUCCAUAUUUCCCUCCUCUCUCUAAGAUUAAUCGAGUCACCCCACCCACCCAAAAUAUGAGAAAAUCAAGAUCAAAGCGAAAAUCAAAUAUCCACCUGCAACAACCAACAACAAAUCCAAGGGAUUUCCAAUUCAUGAUCACCAAAGUAGCAGUGUCUCAAAUCUGCAAAUCAGUUGGGUUUAGGCGCAGCCGUGUUUCAGCCCUUGAAACCCUUACCUUGGUAGCCACCAAGUACCUGGAAACCCUGGUCAAGUCCGCUGCAUCAUUCUCCAAUGCGGCCAGCCGUACCCAAUCCAACAUCCUCGACCUUACCAAUGCCCUCCACGACAUGUCCUUACAGGUGGGUUUCAUGGGUGCAUCCACUCUCUAUGACCACAACAACUGUUUGUUGAAGUCCAGUGCGUUGGAAAGCUUGUCGGAUUUUGUCAGCUCCACCAAUGAAAUACCUUUUGCCAAGCCCAUUGAAAGAGCAAAAGAAAGGGAAAGUGAAGAGGUGAAUGCUGUUCCAGGGAGUUUUCAAGAAAGAGGUGGUCAUAUCCCAGAAUGGUUACCAAGGUUUCCUGAUGUAGGUGAUACUAACGAGAACUGUGAUAAAAGGGUUAAUGGGGAACAAUUGUGGGAGAAUUCCAGCUUGGUUUUGGGGUGUCAAAUUGAUGGUUUUGAAGAGAAAAGAUGUGGGAGUAACAAUGUUGGUAAAUUACCAAAAGGGAGAUCAAGGAUUAAGUUCAGGGUUAAUAAUGGUGGAGGGACAAGGGUGGGUUUGAAUGUUAUUAGUUGCAAUAAUGUGUUUGGUCAAAGUAAAGAUGAAGAAGAGGCAGAACCAGUAGCAGUGUGUGAGAAAUCUGUUAAGUCUGAAGAGAAGCAGAUUCUUGUGUAUAAGAGAAGGAAGAAGCGUUGUCAGUUUCUUUAGAUUUUGAGCAUUUGGGAUUUUGCCAGAAAGUUAAGUUUUUGAUUGGCACUGGCAGGAAAUUUCUAAGCUUUUUAGUAGGAAAAA